CUUUGAUGAUGUCGAUGAUAUAUUCUUACCAAAUGCAAUUGACAAUGUGCGAGCUGCCGGCCAACACGUGGCGGCGAUGCUGGCUGAGCGGUGACGGAAUUCGCCCCCUUGGGAUGAAUCUACUGAUCUACUACACACAGCCCGCUCAAAGACCUUGGGUUGAGUUGGGCUUUGGUUCUCGGGGCGAACGUUCUGUGGCAUACAGUCCCGUAUCACGGCAUGACGUCUGAAGGCAUUGCUCGUCCAACCCACCCAUUCCCACACACAUAGACACAAUGCCCGGAAACUGUAACCCCAAACUUCAAAUGUUCUUGCUCAAGCCUCAACCAGGCAGAGACUUGAUUCAAACAGGAAGGAGAUUCGGCAGUCUGCUCAGGUUACUCUUUAAUAUAAACAAAAUCCCAGAACCCUCCAAUCCUUUUUCAUCGCGAGCAAGUUCUCGGUGUCGCGAACCCCCAUCACAUGCGCACUGCUGAUUUUUCUUUCCCUUCUGUCCUGUUCACGGGCGCCAUGUUGGGUUGAAUGCACGGAUGACCGACUCGCCAGCAACCCCCCCUGCCCCCUUCCCCAGGUUUCCAGCUUGCUGUAUCUGACUGAGUCGGCUUGAUGUGGCGUUUUCCCCAGACGCCUUGAGCGCCCCGCUCUCUGGGCAUCUGCCAUGGCAACACUUGCUGCCAUUAGCCGCUAAGCCGGCGCAGAAUGCUUGCGUUGCUUGCUUGAUUCUUGGUCACAAACUCUUUUGCCAUAACCGCCUUCCUUUUCUUCGCCCUCCUUUUGAAAUAUUGCUCGUGGUCAUGUUGUAUGAGGCUUUGCGGCUUUGCGCCCAAGUGUAUACCGUAUGCGUAUGCAAGCAUUCGGCUGGUCCAGAGCCCUAAGGCUCUUUAUACACACUCUUGUGCAGGACACAUCUGUACCAUGUGCCAGAUCCGACUACCCGUAUGCAUGCGUGCAUAGUAGAGCCAUUGCUGUAGCCUGAGAGACGGUCGAAUGUCCCCAUCAUCCACUGUCACUGCGAUGCGUCCGCAAGAGAAACUAUUCCGAACUGCCGCGGUAGCCCACGCUCAGCCCAACCGCCGCUCCACAUGUCACCCGAACCACUCCAAUCGUUUUCACGUUACUCUUCAACUCCAUCACGAGGAUCGUGGCAUUCGCACAUCCCAUCUUACUCCAUGGGAUAUCCAGCAGGGGUCUCGUCAUCCUAUGAGCGCUCUGUUCAAUCUCUGCCAUACGUCACAUGCUGGAUUAUCCACACCUCGAUGGGUGUCGGCAGCUCUUGGACGGCCAGCCCCAUUCGUUUUCCCAAGAUACACCGCCAUGAUGCUUGAUUCUGGGCCAGAACCCAUAACGUGUUGA